UCCGGUGGAUGCUGGGUUUCGGAAAGGAGCGCGGGAUUUGCACCUCCAGAGUUUGGGUCGGUGGGACGCGGAGUUCCGCCGCCUCCGCCUCCGCCCGCGCUUCCCCUCCAGCGUGCCGGCUGGAAGGGGUGGGAAGACGAAUUCCUCGCGCCGUGUAGCGGCUUUAAGUGUCUACUGUGAGGUUCCUGGUUCAGAAACGAUGACAGAGGUGCUGGAUCUCCAUGAACAGGACUCUGAUGGGGGUAGUGAAGAGGUGGUCCUGACGCCUGCAGAACUCAUUGAAAGACUGGAGCAGGCGUGGAUGAAUGAAAAGUUUGCCCCUGAGCUACUGGAAAGCAAGUCUGAGAUUGUCGAGUGUGUCAUGGAGCAGCUAGAACACAUGGAAGAAAAUCUCAGAAGAGCCAAAAGGGGGGAUCUGAAAGUCAGUAUCCAUCGAAUGGAGAUGGAGAGGAUCCGCUAUGUCCUUAGCAGCUACCUGCGGUGUCGACUCAUGAAGAUAGAGAAGUUUUUCCCUCACAUCCUAGAAAAGGAGAAAACACGCCCUAGUGAGGAGCCUUCCAUCCUUUCUCCAGAGGAGUUUGUCUUUGUCAAAGAGUAUAUGGAUCACACAGAGACCCAUCUUAAAAAUGUUGCCUUAAAGCACAUGCCUCCCAACCUGCAGAAAGUGGACCUCUUGAGGGCAGUUCCCAAACCAGACCUGGAUUCCUACGUGUUUCUGAGGGUGAAAGAACGACAAGAAAACAUACUGGUGGAACCGGAAGCCGAUGAACAGAGAGACUAUGUCAUUGACCUGGAGGAGGGCUCCCAGCACUUGAUCCGAUACAAAACCAUUGCACCUCUUGUUGCUUCUGGAGCAGUUCAGCUAAUAUAAAACAGAAAAACAAGCCUGCGAACGUGGAAUCAUGGACAAUAUUAGAAACCCAUUUCCUUCGUGCGGACUACUUGGACAUGGAAAAGGAAUCAAUGUGGAGUCCCUUCAUCACCACAUCUUCUAAUGUCCUACUGUUCUAGCCAGCACCAGUAGAUGGAGCCCUUGCUCUGUGUGGAUACUCAGCAAAUAAAUGGACUGUCGGAUGUGUGCCUUUUCUUUUUCUAUUUAUUGAGCUCGGGAAAGGUCAUGAAGAGGCUUCUCCUCCCUGUCGUAAUGGAGAGAUGGAUUGGGUAUAACUUGAUGAUAACAAGAGGAUUCCUUUAGCUUUCCUGGUAGAAGAUCAUAAGCAGAUUAAACAGUUAUGAUCUGCUUCUAUACAUCAUUAAAUGGGUGACCUGAUGUUUUAGAACCUCAAAUAUUGAACUUAACACAAGUUUCUGUCAUGCAUGACUGAAGAAAGUCAACUAACUAAGCCACUGUUAAAUGUCAGGUUUAUGGUAGAGAAGACUUUGGACAGUUCUUAGCUCAAUGUCCAAUGAAGUGGAUUCUCCCUGUGUCUUAGUCAGCUUUGCCUGGCAAGUCUUCAGACCAUUUGGCUGUCCCUGAUCCAGCUUCUGAACAGAGCAUCAUCAUGAACUGUCUCCUAAGUUAGGACCUCAGCAGUAUGCAGGGAUAUGGAUAAAAUGACCUAAUGUGAACAGCUAACACCUGAAGGGAAGACAUAACUCAUGACUUGGCACCUUGAGACUGAUGAAAAGCAGCCUGUGUUUCCGUGUCUUCUUCCUUUUAUUUAUUUUUUUGUUGUUGUUGUUUGUUUGUUUGUU